ACUAGCAAAACUGAUCCGAAGCAGCUGGCUAUGGCGGGCCGAGGCAAACUGAUCGCUGUGAUCGGCGACGAGGACACGGUGACGGGCUUCCUGCUCGGUGGGAUCGGGGAGCUGAACAAGAACCGAAAGCCCAACUUCCUGGUGGUGGAGAAGGACACCAGCAUCACGGAGAUCGAGGAGACGUUCAAGAGCUUCCUGGCGCGGAACGACAUCGCCAUCAUCCUGAUCAACCAGUUUAUCGCCGAGAUGAUCCGGCAUGCCAUCGACGCCCACAUGCAGUCGAUCCCGGCGGUGCUGGAGAUCCCGUCCAAAGAGCAUCCGUACGAUGCGUCCAAGGACUCCAUCUUGCGCCGGGCCAAGGGCAUGUUCUGCGCCGAGGACUUCCGAUAAACGGCUGAAUAAUGAGUUCAUCAGUGAGUGUGUUGGUCUGCUGUCCGCUGGUUGUUUACACUGUGUGUCCUCUGAGAUGAGCAGCCGGUUUCCAGGAAGUGGAUGCCCACUUUUUCAUGUGACACGAGUGUCGUCUUGUUGUUUUUGGUUUGCUCUCAGAUUGAAGUAGCUGUUCUCCUCUCAUCGGUGUUUGUGCAGACGUGUAACUUAUAAAACUGUAACAGAUGUUGGAAUGAAUAAAUAUAUUUGUGAUUAGUGAAA